AUGACAACAUCAAAAGGAAGAAAAAAAUCUGAUAUGAAAAAAAACGAUGAGUCAUUUGCAGAACAAAAAGAUUUACCAAAAAAAUCAAAGAACAAUUUACAAGAGGAUAAAGCAGUGUUAAAAUUACGUGCCUGCUUAUCAUGUAGAUUAUUAAAAACAGAAGCUGAAUUUUAUCAAAAUGGUUGUAAUAAUUGUAAAUUUUUACAAAUGACGGGAGAUAGACAUAGAAUCCAUGAUUGCACCACAGAAAAUUUCCAUGGGUUUAUAGCCAUAACUAACCCUAACAAAUCAUGGAUGGCACAAUACAAUGAUUUAAGUAAAUAUGUUCCAGGUUUUUAUGCUUUACAAAUAGUAGGAGAAUUGCCAGAGUCAAUAAGAGAUUUAAAAGCGAAUUACUAA